UACAAUCGCUUCGGAGGGUGAAGGAGGACAGGAGUGCCCUCUUAUUCAUAAGGUAAGGUGGGCAACUUGUGUAGAUGAUGUAAUAGAAACGGAACGCCUUUGUCCAGUUGCACCACACUAAGCCAAAACAUCCCACCAAAAACGCUCUGGAAGAGGGGCUGUCCAGCUUUUCCGCUUUGGGACCAUGAUCUGAUUCCUACAUCGGACCAAUGUUAAUCCACAGCCUCCUAUUCAGGACUUCUAGAAUGUGCGGAGCUCUUAAUCAUACCUGGGCUUAUCUCCAUCACUGCGGUCUCUCACCGAAGCUCGAGAGGGCUUGAAGGGCUUCUCCGUACUCCAGAAAUUCUCACCGGCUGCAAGUAAAGUAUCAUGUGCUACACUGCUUUUUUUUCUCUCUUUUUUUUACCCUUAUCUCCAUUUCUUUUUUGUUUCCCCCUGUGUCUCCUGAGGGAUUUGGAAUCUCUGCCUUUAACCGGCGGACAAUUGGUACUAGUCCAUAACCUAACAAGCUGGCCGGGCGCUCGCUCUGCUCGCUGCCAGCUUUGGCUGCGCCAAGUUACAAUUGAUUACUAAAGCAACGGAAGAAUAUUGGCCUGGAUUAAUACUUCAGGCUAUUGAAAGAAAUUAUAUGAGUAGGGCCGCAGGGCUGCAUAAUGAACUGUAUAAUAGUAGUUGAUAUACGGAUGCUAUUUAAAGAACCUGAAAUGGGUA